AGAUCCCGAUGUUGCGAACCUUGUUCAUAGAUUCCUUCCACCAUGGGAGUUCUUGCUACGGCCUCUCAUGCUGCCAAAACCAAAACUUUGUUUGUUGUCUUCUAUAAGCCGAGAUCUAGUGGUACAGUUAUUGGUAAUGGAGAUCUAUCUCCUCAAUGGCCGGCUUCGAAAUGGAGGUCACUGCAGAUCCAAUGGGACGAGCCAUCUUCAGUUCAGAGACCAUUCACCGUGGGAGAUCGAGCCUUUCUCAACAUCUGCGCUAACCCCAACGCCUACUCAACCACAUUCCAAGUCCAAACGGUCCAGACCCGUUUGUUCAUCAAUUUCAGCUUCCCGCAGAGCCACGAGGCCGAUGCAUCACUCAAACAGUUCCAUCAACAGAAAGGAACUCGAACAAACCAGUAAUUUCUAUUUUCAAGUGGAUUGCAAUGCACGAAACCCCGAGACUCCUUUUACAACUGUUACAAGUUGCUGUAGGCUAUUCGGAUUCGAUCUCAUGAGCAAGCCUGCGUCUGCUCCAGUUCCUCCUGACAAGCAGCAACUAGUAAGUGUGGAUUCAAGCAACUUUGGUUCUACCAAGUGUCAAUAUCCUAACUCGUCGAGCUCCCUAAAUGAUCUGAAGCAACAAACAUCAACAAGAAGCCGAACCAAGGUGCAAAUGCAAGGAACAUUGGUUGGGCGCGCGGUUGAUUUAACGCUGUCGAAAUCAUACGAUGAACUAAUCAGUGAGUUAGAGAAAAUGUUUGAGAUUGAAGGGGAGCUUAAUCCUAAAGACACUUGGGAUAUUGUGUUUACGGACGAUGAAUCGAGUGAUGAGGUCAAGAAAAUGAGCUCAAGGUCAUUGUUGGAUGAUGAAGGUGCGAUCGUAAAUGAGCUCAAGGUACGAUCGGAAAUUUUGAACCGGACCAGAAGACAGUUCACGUUCAACUAC